AUGUCAGCAGGAAUAUUAAAAACUUUAAUGACUACCGAAAGCAAGAUGACUAAUGAAACUCCAAGUAAAAUUCAUAAUCUUCAGGAAGAAAUAAAAUUAUUCAGCGGAUUGAAAUUAAUAUCGUCUACAAAAUUAUUUAAAAAAUUUUUAGACAUCUGUUAUUGCAAUGACAGUAGAGAAUUUCUGGUGCUGGAUGACGGAUUAAAAGUCCACAGAUAUUCCUUGGACGGUCAAAAAAUCCACCCUUCAUUCACAUUAAAUCCCAGUAUGUUAUUCACUAAAAUAAUUUGGUGCUCAAGUAUUAAAUCAUUCGCUUGUUACGCCCUUUAUGAUGACACUUUUUGGUUACUAGAUCAAGAGUUUAAAUUAAUCCAGACGAUCAAAACUAAAUUUAAAAUCAAAAAUUUAUUUUUUUCAUCACCUGAAUUAAUUGUUAUUAGUUCUACAAGUGUUACGAGAUACUUGCAAAACAAAUCUAAAUUAGCCUACGAGUCUUACCAGACAAUAAAUACAAUGGAUACUAAUUAUGGACCUAUAUGGUCAAUGCAGUAUUCUUCUUUGAUUGCAACGACCACUGAGUCAUUGAAAUUAGCUGUAUCUUAUUUAACAACAAUGUACAUCGUGCCAUUGUCCUCCAAAGAAGAUGAAGAUGCAGGAGCUAUAAAGUCCAUCAUUUCCCAUCCUUCUAUUUGCGGAUUCCUCACUACGUCUUCAGAUGAAAUUCUUCAAGUCUGGAGCUGCAAUUUUAAAGACAAAACAGAGUAUUUUGCAAAUCUUGGAUCCAUAAAUGCAAUUGCAAUUAAUGAAUCGUCUUCAGUAAUGACUUUGGGCACGAAAUUGACCUUUUUCUUCAUGCAUCAGCUUUAUUUAUUUUACUCUCCACUUUUAACAAAGGCAAGUAUUCUGCAGUCUACACAAAGUCUCAGAUAUCCGAUGCGUAUUAUCGUGAGUAGUUCCGAUCAUUCUAUCAGUGUCUUAUCUUCUGCUUCUGGGAAACAAAUCAACGUUAUUAUUCUUCAUACAAAUGUAGAGCCAGUUUCUAUUUCUUCUAGUUCUAUCAGCGGAGAUAUUUAUGUUGUCCCAUUAAUAACCCAAAAUAUAUUAAUCCUCAAUUCUAAUAUAUUUCCCAUGAAAAUCAAAAAUUCUUGGACCAGUGAAAAACUCAUAACUACCGUCGCAGUUUACGAUCACUACAGCGAAUUUAUAAUUAAUCAGACCCGAACAAUAAAUCCCAUUAGUGUGCGCAUUUUCGCUGGGACAAAUAAAGGCGAGCUGGUGUCUAUCGACGAAUCUACCGGAAAAUUCCAACAAAUUAUCCAAGCACACAAUGGACCAAUUAAAAAAUUAUGCAUCUCCAAUAAGUCUCACCAUAUAUUUUCGAUUGCUGAAGAUUGGUGUAUAAAAUUUUGGAAAAUAUUUCCUUAUAUCACAAACCCUCUCGCUUUAUCAUAUUGUAUUUAUUUAACUACUCCAGUAAUUAAUAUCGCAUCUGUAGGAUUUUCAGUUUGUGUAAUCAGCGCAAAUGGCUCAAGAGAUCAACUUUUUAUGUAUGAUGUCAAGAAGAAAAACUUACCGAGGGAGUAUAAAGAGCAGAUAGAAAUAAAGAACAUCAGUGAGCAGGAGAAAGAAGAGGAUCUUGUAGCCAAAGAUGAGGAUGAAUACCUAGACUAUGAAGAGGAUGAAAUUAAAAGCCGAGUGUUACAUCCGGUGAGCAGUGUACCUCUGUGUUCUCUGGCCCUCUCUUCAGAAGUUCCGCGUCUCGAUGCCUUGGUGCAAGAGCAAAAGCGAAUGCAUUUAAGAUUGCGUGAGCGUGAUAUCAAAGCUAUUGAGUUGGGCAUCGCGGAGCUUUCCGAAAAGCGCAAGAAGAUGAAGAAAAAAAAGGCUGUGAUGAACUACGAAGAUUGGGAAAAAUAUGUUGAUGGGCUGGCUAAGGAGAUUGAGAUGCAAAAGAGGCUCGAGGAUAAAUUUGAUGAACAAAAGCGAGAAAUUUUAGACAAAUCUCAGGAUUAGGUUAAAAUUAAAACUCCGUACGCCGAGGUACUGGAUAUCGCAGUACCAAAGCACUGUCUGCCGAAAUAA